CGAGUGGAUGUAACGUCGGGCUGGGAACAUGGCCGUCCUAUUUGGGGCCAUGGGAGGCAUCCCCUGGUUUGCAAGCUUUCAUUUACACUCUUCGCUUCCGAAGCCGACGCGAAACAAGCACCUUACUGUGUCGGCUGCGGCAUAUUUGCAGACUCUGGGCAAAAAGAGGGGGAUAGAGUCUACUGUUAUGCCCUUGAUAUGAUGGCCUCCAUGGUCUCGAAGCACGCCUUUCCAGUACGAUACCGAUUCAAGCUCCGUUAUUCGGAGAAUGGAGCGGGUGCCAUGAUGACGAUGCCCCCAGCGAACCUCAAAAGUUUAUUAGGGCCCUGUCUCUGUCAGCCGACCUCUUUGGAGUCUGGACUAGGGAAGUUUGGCGGCCUUUGA